GGUAAAUCGCCUGGGGCACACGGACAGCGCAUCAGCACCACCAGCGGCAACGAUGAGGGCCAUCGCGUUACUGGCCGGCCUGGCUUGCAUGAUAAACAUUUCGCACGAAUAUCCGUUCGAGUUCAACAAGAGAAAUCUGGCGGCUCUCGCCAAAAACGGGCAGCUACCUGACAAUUACAAAGAAUCAAAACGGAUACAGGAAAAUAGCAGAGACACCAGGACAGAUGCAUUGCUCGGUCGACGUGACCAAACGGAGCUGAACGGUCAAUCGAGGAACAUGCAAAAGAGGCAGUCGCUGGACGAACCGGACAUACGGGACGAGUUCAAGUCGGAUCUGCGCACCAUCCUGGACGAGUACCUGGACAAGUUCGGCAGCACUUACGACCCGGAAAAAGUGGAGUUGUUCCUGACCAACAUGGCGGACGAGGUGUUCGACAACCAAGGCGUGGUGUCACUGGAUCACAUCCGGUACCUGAUCGAAACGGGCUACUUCCAGCCGGAAAUGCGCGAGGAGGACAUCAUCAAACCGGUGGAAGCCGCUUCGGCCGACUACAUCGGUAAACGUUUUCUGGGCUCGCUGGCCCGUUCCAACAACAUGCCGUACUGGGCCGACGAUGACCCGUGGACAAGAGUGAGCAAGCGGUACAUUUCAUCAUUGCUUCGGCAAGGCCGGUUGCCGUUCGGAUUCCAGCCGACCACGGCUUCGCCCAAGUCCGACCAGUGGAGUCGCAACAGACAGCAGAAACCCAAGAGAUCCGGUGGUGACUCGUACCAGAGCACGGAGGAGUUUGUGCCGGUCAUGCAAGGUAGCAAAACGUUGCAGACCCUCAUUGACGAGUUGUUGUCGCAAGAUCAAAACAUGCAAAAGAGAUACUUGGGGGCGCUGGCACGUAGCGGUUGGAUGCCCAGAGGGUUCACCACGUCGUCGUAUCACUCCAACAACUUGUUCAGCAAGAGACACUUGGCGGCUUUGGCCAGGCUGGGAUGGUAUAAGAACGCGCCGUCUUAUUACAUGCGCAACGGCCGAGGUUCGUCCGAGUGUGGCAGCACAAACACCGACGAGAACACCGACGGGAACGUCCAGGAUCCUGGGAGGUCAGAUGAGGAACCAGGGUCCAACCCGUCGCCACCAGCUGCCGACCAGACGCAAGCCAACGGGCUGAAAACAAAGAAGUUUCUACUCUUGCCGGCCGUGGAUAAUAUCCUGUUGCGCAGACAGUAUCCUCAUUUAGCGACAAAUAACAAAAUUUAAAGCAUUUACCCUUUAAAAAAAAACCGUUCUUAAAACGCUACAAACCGUGCCAGUAUUAUGUUUAUAUUACAUUUCUAUCGUCGUCUCGGCCAUCAAAAUAUUAUUGUAAUUGAACAAAAAAAAAAAUAAUAACAACAGUAACACACAAAUCGAAAUAGUGUUAAAUCAUAAAACUAUGACAAUAACUAAUGUAUUAUUAUGUGUAUGUGUGUAUUGUAUGUGCCCAAUACUGUCUAGCUUUUUCCACGCUCUCGUAGUUUGUCCUUUGUAGGUAAGCUGUUAAUUCUAAUAUUCCAACAGCUGGUGUUAACGUUAGUAAAAAUAAAUUAUUAUAUCUUAA